AACCCAGUCAUCGUCUAAAUAGACCUGGUGAGCAUAAUUCAUUGUGCAAUGAGUGAUACCGGCACCCCGCCGGCAGGACCUGAAGAUCGCAACGCAGAUAAUGACGAUACACACCUUGGUUUCAGUGUACUGGAUGCACAGGAUACCUUACGGCGUCUCAUGGCGCUCUCUGGAACUCAUUUUGAAGCCCCGGAAAAUUAUCGUGAACGUAGUCAUGCGACAUCCACAUCCACUCCAGCCGAGGCGGCAGCAAACCAUCAUGUUGAACAGACUGAUGACGAGAAUAUUAACGGAGCAAGUGUCGCUGACGAGCCAAGAACCCAUGAAUACUUACCGGCCUCGCCGCCGCAUUUGUCUGCCCAUGAGCCUGUACCGCUCCCACCGCUCCCGCUGCCUGUACCGAUUGAACCGCCCACCAGUGCCCAACCUUCGUCUUCGGUCACUGUUAUCAUCUUUACCGGAUUUGAUGACACUAUUGUCGAUCGUCCAAAGAGCUUGCUCGAGAUCGUACUGGUCGAACCCCCAUUUACACUCCAACAUUUACUUUCCAGCCUCGCCGCACCCGUCCAGGGCGACUUAUUCAACAAUUGAUCGCGCAGGGCCGGGCCUCUCACACCUACAUUGGCACUUCUCGUCACCCACUCGAUGUUGCGGAACACUCACCGGACGAGUACUUCAGCUACCAGCGCAGCUUCCGCGAGCACGGAAACCUUGCUGCCAUUCUGAAUACCUCCCUUGGACGCGCUACCAUCGAGAGCUGUGGAACGGGCCCUGACUUUCCAAGCCAUGCCGAAGUGUACGAGCACGCUCGGAACCUUCAACCCGCUCUCCCUGAUCAUCUUCCUAUUUAUGCAAUAUACUGUUAUCAUGAUCCGAUGGUGUUGAGCCCAACU